AUGACAACAACUAUAACUGAAUCGACAAUUACAACAACUAGUAUCACAAAUGAAACCUUACCUACUACUGAAACAACUUAUACAUCAAUAACAUCUAUAACUGAUGUAACCCAUACUUCGACUACUACUACUAGUGCAAGGAUUCUUUCAUCAUCAACAACAACUGUAUCAACAACAACUGUCUCUACAAUAACUGAUGGAAAUAUAUACAGUUGUGCCGAUAAUUCUUACAUCGGCACGUAUUGUAAUAUAUCCUCUGAUGCAUGUGUCAUGUCACAGCCAUGUGAAAAUGCAGCAACUUGCUUUCCAAAUAAUACUUUACCAUUAGGAUACAGUUGUCAAUGUCGUAGUGGUUUUGAAGGUUAUAAUUGUGAAUAUGAUAAUAGAGCAUGCAUGGAAACUACAUGUUGGCAUAAUGGAACUUGUAUACCAAUUAAUUCAAAUGUAUCGUCAACUGAUGGUACAAAUUUUAAAUGUGAAUGUAUUCAAGGUUAUAAUGGUAUUUAUUGUGAAUUAAGUGUUGAUUUAUGUGGAAAUAUUACAUGUGAACAUGAUGGUAUUUGUCAAACAGUUGAAUCAGUUUGGAAAUGCUUAUGUGUUGAAUCAACAUAUUAUUAUGGUGAUUAUUGUCAAUUUAAAACAACUACAUUAAAAGUUAAAGAAAUUUUAAGUAAAUCAUUUGCGUCAAUUGCAAUUGGAGCUAUUAUUACAACAUGUGCAUUUGUUAUUGUUAUGGAUGUACUUAAAUAUGUUUUUCAUAUUGAUCCAGUUGCAACUGAACGUGAUAAUUAUCGAAAACGACGUGAAGAACAAAGACGUGCAAGACGACCAAUUAAAAAUAAUCAAUGGAAACUUGCAUUAAGAUUUCAAUAUGUAUCAUAA